GAACUCACACACUCACUCAACCCAAAUCCAUUUGCUUAAUUUCUCUUCUGUUAUGUCAUAAUUCUCAUGGCCUCAUCAUCAUCAUCAUCUUCUUCAUCUUCUUCUUCUCUGAACUUUACAGUGCGAAGGUGCCAACCCCAGCUGGUGCCUCGACGCAGACGUCACACUUGAUCAGUUUGGCGAUUUUCUCCAGCCUCCAUUCCCAUGCUUCCAUGAACUGCUAUACGAUGUCCCUGGCACACAACAAAUUACCAACACUCCCCUUCUACUUGUACAGGUGACACGACUCAAGUGCGGUGGUUUCAUCUUAGCCAUCGGCUUCAACCACACCAUGUGUGAUGGACCCGGUUACGAACAAUUCAUGAGCGCGUGGGCGGAAAUGGCUAGAGAUGCAACCAAACCUUCCAUCGAACCAGCGUGGCGUAGGGAGCUCCUAAUGGCAAGAGACCCACCUCGCAUUACAUGCAACCAUCGUGAAUUCGAGAAAGUCCAAGAUACCCUUCCUUCUUCAGACCAAAACAUGGUUCAACGAUCAUUCUUCUUUGGACCACUCGAUAUAGCUGCACUUCGGCGCUUGAUUCCCCAACACCUUCAGCACUGCACCACAUUUGAUCUCAUCACAGCAUGCCUUUGGCGCUGUCGCACAAAAGCACUGCAAAUAGAAGCAGACGAGGAUGUUCGCAUGAUGUGCAUAGUCAACGCACGUGGUCGGUUCAAUCCACCACUUCCUGUUGGUUACUACGGCAACGGUUUUGCAUAUCCGGCGGCAGUAACGACUGCAGGGAAGCUUUGCAGAAACCCAUUUGGGUAUGCGGUGGAGUUGAUAAAUAAAGUGAAAGGUGAGAUGACAGAAGAGUACCUGCAAUCUGUUGCAGACCUGAUGGUGAUGAAGGGACGAUGCUUAUUCACAACUGUGAGGUCUUAUAUUGUGUCACAUUUGGCACGUUUUAACCUUAGAAAAGUGGAUUUUGGUUGGGGUGAGGCUGUGUACGGUGGAGUGGCUAAAGCUGGGGCUGGGAGCUUCUUAGGAGUUUCGUUUUUCUGUUCUGCUAAGAAUGGAAAAGGUGAAGAAGGCAUAAUAUUUCCGAUUUGCUUACCUGCUGAUGCUAUGGAAAGGUUUGCUGAAGAGUUUAGCCACAUGCUAGGCAACAAAAAUCAACCUGAAACCAGUUCUGCUCCUUUUAUAAAGUCUACCCUCUAAUAAUCUGUAUUUCAUGGAAUAAUUUAGCUUAUUUAAGAGAUAGAAUCUAGACUAGUACGAAGUUAUUUAACGUUAGUUGUGCUUAUGAGUAAUGUUAAAGGAGAAAUUAACGUUUG